GACGUCAAAGCGGCGGCAACGAAAAAUUAAGGAAAACAUCCAGGGCUCAGUGGUUAGAGUAACGGAUCUGGGACCUGUCCCGGGGCGACAACGUAAUUCCCUGGGCCGGGCUUCCUAUAUGGGAGGCCUGUUCUGUAAACAGCGCAGCGGCCAGUCACCGGUUAACGCGGACAGCCGGAAAAAGAAGCCCCACGGGGACUGCUUCCUCCGUGGGCCGUGCAUGCUUUGCUUUAUAGUGCACAGUAACCCUCGGGAUCCUCGUCACAGCCGAGUGGCCUCACCGGAGCUACCAGCCGCCCGCAGCGCUGCCCAGGACUGCGCCCGCCUACUGCUUCUGUGCCCGGGGGAGCUGAGCACCUUGGAGCAGCGGGGUCGCAGUUUGCUGCGCGCAGGAUUUCUCCGGGGACCUGGCCUCCUCUGCACCGUGUCCUCACAGCGAGCCCGAGCCGACAGUCAGGCUGUAGACAUGGUGUGCAAGAGGAAGAGCAGCAGCGGGAGCCAGCAGCCCCGCACCCCGUGUAAACUGCCGCGGUGCACCUCGGCCGAGGAGGAGCCCUGCUGCCCCUGUUCCCCUUCAUCGGACUGCUCAUCGUCCCCGCGGGCACAGUCCCCUGCCUUAGUAGCCCAGGAUAGCUGCAGCUCGGAGCCUGAACCCCUGGCCCAGGAGGCUGAGAGUGACACUGUGGCGCUCCAUAUUAACCAGCUGCCCCCAUCCCUGCUGCUCAAGAUCUUUUCCAAUAUAUCCCUGAAUGAGCGCAGCCUGUCUGUAUCUCUUGUCUGCAAGUACUGGCGUGACCUUUGCCUGGACUUUCACUUUUGGAAGCAGCUGGAUCUCAGUAGCCGACAGCAGGUUAAAGAUGACAUCCUAGAAAGAAUUACUUCCAGAUAUCCGAACUUAACAGAAAUCAAUAUUUCGGACUGUCUGAAUAUAUCUGACACCGGAGUCUGCAAGCUAGCGCUGAAGUGUCAAGGGCUGCUAAAGUACACGGCAUACAGGUGCAAACAGCUCUCUGACGCAUCGCUUAUCACCCUCGCCUCUCACUGCCCAUCCCUGCGGAAGGUGCAUGUUGGCAAUCAGGACCGGCUCACAGAUGAAGCUCUAAAGCAGUUAGGGACAAAGUGCCGAGAACUGAAAGACAUUCACUUUGGCCAGUGCUACAACAUCUCAGAUGAAGGAUUGAUUCCUAUAGCCAGAGGAAGUCCCAAACUGCAGAGAAUAUACAUGCAAGAAAACAAACUAGUAUCAGAUGAAUCCGUGAAGGCCUUUGCUGAACACUGUCCCGGGUUACAGUAUGUUGGUUUUAUGGGCUGCUCUGUUACAUCGGAAGGUGUUAUACACCUCACCAAGCUCAGGCAUCUUGCCAGCCUCGACUUGCGUCAUAUCACUAAACUGGACAACGAGACAGUGAUGGAGAUAGUGAGAAGGUGCCACAGCCUUACGUCCCUCAAUCUCUGCCUGAACAGGAGCAUUAAUGACAGAUGUGUAGAAGUCAUUGCCAAGGAAGGCUGGAAUCUGAAAGAGCUUUAUCUGGUAACGUGCAAGAUCACGGAUGACGCUUUGAUAGCCAUUGGGCGGUACAGCGCGACUAUAGAGACGGUGGAUGUUGGAUGGUGCAAGGAGAUCACGGAUCGGGGGGCCACACUGAUUGCCCAAAGUAGUAAAUCCAUCCUCUAUCUGGGUUUGAUGAGAUGCGAUAAGGUGAAUGAGGCCACCGUGGAACAGCUGGUUCAGCAGUAUCCCCAUAUCACUUUUAGCACCGUCCUCCAGGAUUGCAAGAGGACAUUAGAAAGAGCCUACCAGAUGGGAUGGACACCAAAUGCAUCUUCAGCAUCAUAACUGAUGGGAUAUAAAUAUGAUGUACAGAGUAGCCCAAGGAAAAUACUGGUUUAAGGCUCAUAAUUUGAGAAUCUUUAGCGCUGCUCUUAUUUUUGACUAUUAUUGUUAUUUUAAAUAUAUCAGUCAUCUUCACUGAAGUCAGUCGUGACCUGAAGAGAAUGGUCUGGAGGUACAUUCUGGAAGAGACUGUAGUAGCUUUGUUCAGUUAUUGUUAAAAUGGUUGGAUAUAAUGUGUGCUCAAGUUUGUUGGAUUUUAUGAUAUUUUGGGUCUUUGUGGUUUAACUUUUUUGUUAGUUGAGCCUUUUCAGUGCCAGGUGCGUGUGGUAAAUGAACAUACAAAAGUGCUGCAGUAACCUAACAAUGAAGGUUUCUUGAGACAGAUGUUCACUAAACACUUCCCAUUGUUGCAGCGUUUUGGAAGUGGCAUGGUGUGGCGGGGCUCUGCAUAUACGAUACCACAGAUGUUAAGAAAAAGAACUUUGUCAUCUGCUCAACUUACCUGAUGCAGACAAGGCUUA